AACAAAUUUGUUAAGCAAUGAUUACGUCGACUGAAAUAAUAAACAUUAGUCCAGCUACUACACAUUGCUCGGAGCUUGAAUACUUGAUAGCAUUACAAUCAGAGGAGGCGGGUUCGCAGCUGCGUCGCUCCCAACGUUUACGUGAGAAAAAUUCUACUAAGGAUGCUCUCGAAUGUGCUACAGUUGCAUCAGCUGAAGAUAGAGCUGGCUCGCCUCAGCUCUUUGAGGAAAUAGAUGAAGAAUGUAGCCAACUGGCUCAAAUUCCACCCAACCAUAUAGACACACCAAAAAUUUCUAGCAAAGGAGCGCCAGAAAAAACUCUGGAAUCAGAAUUAAUGAAUAAUGGAUUAGAAAAAACUUCCUUUGGCCGCAUUCGCUCAGCAUCGAGAAAAAGGGAAAGGCGUCCGAAAAAGCGGACUGAGACAGCUCAAGCGGUUACAACACAGAUUGAUCUGGUUCCAGCGUCGGUCAAAAGACGUGGACGCUCUCAAAGGAAGACUAAGGUAGCUCAGACGCUUACAGCACCGCUGUCUGAGCCGGUGCCAGAAAUACUGCCUCUGGACCGCUUUCAACUAAGCUCCCAGCAGCAGAUAGCAAUAUCAAUGCCAGGCAAAUCCAAGUCUAAAUCCGGGACUAAUCGAAAGCAUUCUAAAAGCCAAAUAAAGCCUGUGCAAAGCCUUCAACUCGAACAACAACCAAUUAUGACUUCUAACGCCGGCAAAGAGAGAGAUUCAGCAGGGAUUUUGCAGUCCACGACCACUAAUCCAUUGGCAGCUGUAGCCCCACGCAAGGUUUCCACAGUGGCUACCAAUUCGACUCAAUCUUAUUCAUAUCAGUGUAUGAAUUUGACUCAGACUCUCUUGCCGGAGCGUUACCCAGCUCAUUUUAUCCAUCAGCUACCAUCGGCACCGAAAUAUGCGACUGGAACCAUUCUUUCGGGUGAAUUACAACGUGUCAGCUCCGCAACAAUGGUCGAUGAAUCAAAUAAAAUGUCUGAUUCGAUAUCUGCUGAUAGCGAAAAGCUUUCACCAUCCCCACCGAAUGUUGAAUCGUGGGGCUCAACGACGCCAUCUUUAAGUGAAUCACUAACCGAGGUGUUUGGUACUAGGAAAAUUCGAGAUGCGUUGAAUAUAGCAUUGCCACGCCAGUAUCGAGUGCAGGAAUCUCAGCUGCCCGACAUUGCAUUCAUGCUGGGCGUUAAAGUCGAGCGCCUGCGCAACGUCUUGGAGUUAACUGAGCGCUUGACUCUGGAUGAACUGCAGCAAUCGCGAUAUGAAUCGUAUGACUUGUCUAGCGAAGAGGAGGUGGAGUUAGUAGGAAAGCCAAGUCCAUAUAAACUUACAACAAAAUCUUAUAAAAUUGUAGGUUAAUUUGUAUAUUAUUUUGUCAUUUAUCAUGUGGAGCAUCAGUGACGCAUCCCCAAACGACGUCUUUAGGCUUAAUUUAAAUAAUCAAAUAUGAAAGCAUCAUCUAAAUCCUGA